AUGGAAGUCGAGGUCCUCCGUCAUAAUGGCAUUCCUGAGUCCAGCAUCCUUUCGAUUCGUGUGGGAAGUACCCGUCGCCAAGUCCACGUCUCGCAGUUGGACAGGCCACUGAAGUUCCCAACCAAGCUCGAGGAGUGCUCCUCUGUGAAGGUCGAAAUUCUGGACGUUGCGGGCACCGCGCGCGUGUCGUGCAGUCCAUCCACGUCGGAAUACAGCAUUCCCUUAGAGUCGCCGCUCGAGGGAGAAGGCAGCACCGGCAUGGAGGUUGGCAUCAGGCUUGGCGGCGCAGGCGCGGAAGUCUCGCAGGGCGCUGCAGAGGAGGCAGAAAAGAAAAAGGAAGACGACGCCAAGUCAUAUUUGGAGAAACAUGGGCUGACUUCCUUCAUGCAGUUCCUCAUCCAAAGCCUGAUGAAGGACAAACCGGAAGACCCGUACAAGUUCCUUCAGCGGCAAGUGACCAAAAAGAUGAUGAUCACCGAGCUGUCAAGUGGAGUUUCAGCAGACCAGAAACUGGAGGAGAUGCUGACGAAGUUGAGCUCCGAGGUGACAGACUGCGUCCCUGUAGAGCAGCUGCAAGACCUGCAGAAGCAGGCGGAGGAAGUAGGCGACCAGCUGCGGAAGGACAACAAGGAGCUGAGAGAAACGCUCGACCUGCUGAAGGGCAGGUACCGCUCCCUUCUAGUCGAGAACUCGGAGUUAGCACAACAGGUCGGAGAAAGUGCAGAAGGCUCCGACCUGAUUUCCAUGCAG